GCAGUAUAGGCUACUCCGCUUCUCAGUUCAGUACACAGACCAAAGAGAAUUCUCUUCAACCUGUGAAUCAUCACUCGCUCCUGAACGACAAGAACGAGCGCCGGUAGCCUAUCUGCGCUGGGUGUGUGUCCAUCUCUGAGCAGGCGGGUGUGUGUGGCCUCAUCUCAAUGCUGACUACUCCCUCAUGAGUGACCCCAGUGAUGAUGUCAUGAGGCCUCGGGAUGGGGACGAGACGCGUGCACCCAAAUCCGUGGACGCUAUGGCAACUCCAGCCUUGUCAGGUUCCGAUGAGAACCAGAAUCAUGUGACCGAGCAACAGAAGCAACACUGGGAGUCAACCUGCAGAGACCAUCAGUCAACCACAAGCAACUACAGCCAGAGCAGAGGCUCUCCGCAGUCUGCAAAUAUAAUGGCCGACGCUACAGGAGUCUCACCUCACCGUGAUACUUAUGGUCCUGGCCCCUCCUCCUCCUCCUCCUCCUCCUCCUCCACCUGUAGACCCCCAGGGCCAAGCCCUGCUCUGCUCGCUUCCCUGAGGUCUCUGGGGGAACACAGGGAUCACACACUGCUGCCCCAGUCUCUUCACCAGAUAGCAGAGGCGUAUUUCCUGGACGAAGACUAUCGCUGGGCUGUCCACUUCCUACAGCUUGAGCAGCUGUACCACCAGAGGCUGCUGUCCAACCUGGCUGCCCUGCAGGAACAAUGGGAGUCCCGGUGGAAGGCGGGAGGGAGCGCGGACGGGACGCCGCCUCGGGCCGACGCCUCACCGCUGGCUGACUGCCCCCGCGAAGAGUCGGAGCGGAUGGACUCGAUCAGGCACAUCUGCAGGACCCACAAGCGACCUACUCUCUGCAUGGAAAAGCGCAUGGUUGACCAAUCCCAGACAGACAGCCUGGGGCCCUGUGAGAGGUAUGGAGGCGUGGAGGAGACUGUUUCCUGUUUGGAGAGCCAACACAAGAGAGCGGCACCAGACGAGUUCCCCCAUCCAACGAGGGAGCAGCAGGAGGAAGGAGAAGAGGAGCAGGUGGAGGACGAAGACGAGGACCUCUGGGAGGAGCAGGAGGACGACGAAGAGGAGGGAGUGGAGGAGCUUCAGAUGGGAGCUGGGGAGGCAAGGGGCAGAGGACUGAGACCUAUGGAAGACUUGGCCAAAUGCAUUCAGGUGGAGGAGAUGUCUCCAACCAAUGGGCUAGUGUCCAUUCUAAAGAGGAGAGUUUCAGAGGAGGGAGAGGCAGCACCCCCCGAGAGCUCCCCCAGACGCACAGCCCGGCGUAAAGUCCGCUUCAGUGAGCCCAGUGAGGAUGAUUCCAGCGCGGAUUCCUGCCUGAUCCUUGUGCUCCUGUGCCUGGUCACCGUGGUGAUAAGCAUCGGUGGGACAGCGCUCUACUGUCUCCUUGGCAACGCCAGCACAGCUGUGUGCACCGACUUCUCCGAGAACAUGGAUGUGUACUGGGGUCCCGUGCGGAGCGGCGUUGGGUGGCUGACCCACUGGCUGUUCCCCGUCUCCUAGCCCCCCCGUGGCCCUCCAGACAGGACUGUGGACUCUGUAAAUAACAAACACUUCUUGCACUGUUGUCCAACAGUCGGAGUGGAGCGUGCUUUCCACAAACGUCUUAUUCAGUCUUAACAGUCGUGGCGUGCUUUCAACACAACGUCUUAUUUAUAAGACAAAUCCCUGUGCACUGGUUGUGCUGCUAAUACACAGGAAUAUCAGACUUCAAAAGUAUAGAUCACCGCACACUGGUAUAAUUUUGCAGACUGCUUAUUUAGAGUGAACAACGCGUCUUCUGUCAGCUUCUUCAGCGUUGUUCACUAUAAUUAAACAAUCCGUAAUAUUACACCAGUGUGCGGUGAUGAUAUUUGCUUUUGAUGUCUUAUUCAACUAUUUUACAGAUGGACCAAUAGGCUUUUAGGCCCCCGACCUGGAUUUACUGCAGUAGGAAGAGUUUCUAACCAGGAUUCGUUUCCCCUCCUCAGGACAUUAAACCAUGAUAUCUACAGCUCAGCAGCUCUUCAGUUGCACAGCUAAAAAGCUGCGGUCAGUGCCUGUGGACAGCUCUAGUGCUCCUUGGCUCGUGGCUGUUUGGAGUGUGGUUCAUUACACUGUGCUGCUGUGACUGCCUUGUCUGUGCUAGAUAACGUUAGAUUUCACAGUGACAGACCUUCCCAAGACAAACGCUGACUCCUGAAUGGACUCAGUUCUGGCUUCAGAAUCAGCUGUUCUUUGUGGCGAUGCAUUAAGUUCAGUAUGUGAAUGGUGUUAAUUGUUGUGUGAACAGAAAAGACCCACUCAAGGAAACUAUCGGAUCUCCAUAAACUAAAGACUGAGAGCUUGUCUAUUGGUGAUGAUGAGAUUUUGGUCGGGUGUUCAUAACCUAUGCAAAAACAGAUAGACUUUGGGGCAAUAUUUCUCACAAUAUUAAAGCAAGACUCCACCUUGAGACUGCACUUAACAACUGUGCUGUUUUGUUUGUGGUCAAGAUGAUGACAUGAUAUUUUGGAUUGAUAUGGCCUGAAAUGACUUUAACAGGAAAACAAAUUCUUCAACAAUGUUACACAUAAACAUUAUGAUUUAUUGUAUGAUUUGGGGGGUUUUACCCACAAAAUAAACAAGUAAU